GUUGAACAACGCAAAAAACGCAUGCGGCUUUACCUAAGGUGCCUUGAAGGCCAUUUGCUAAACGAUUUCCUAAAGGCCUCAGGUCAAGGCGUUCCGUCUACCAAAGCAUAUGCUAUUAUCUGGAGUCCAUAUGGUGUUCACUACUUGUUGGUAGGUGUAAAACACAUCGAUGUCCAAGACGCUGAUGGCAACGGAACCAGUGGGAAUUGUGAGCAGCAGGCUAGACCGGGGCCAUGAGGUGCCAAGGCCCAAGCAUGCGCACUCGGUUGAAAGGUCUUGUGACCUUAGGUUUAGGUUUGACCAGGAACCUGACCAGCGAAAGGGUCAACCGAGUCCAGAACAACACGCUGCUUUGGGGAGCUCCUAUGAACGCUGCAAGCCGAGCGACCACAGUUAUCCUGCAUAUACAAGGCGGACCCUCUCCGCACCUGCAAACAAUGGAUGCAGCGGCUACGCAGGCGCUAGUAAAGUUCGCAGUGGGGCCGCAACGCCCAACGGCGGAAGCUCAGCGCUGCUUACAGGGCCUCGGAUGCACGAUAUUUAUCUGAAGAUUGAAGGGCCGCACCUGGGGGAUCUUCCAGAGGACUUCUCCUCACGGCUUCAGCACUUUCUCACGGACACCCUUCACAUGCCAGCUUUACAUGUCGCCGUUGAGCAAGGAUGCGUCCAAUUGCUAGUUACCCUCCUAGAAGUGAGUCGAGGCACAGGGCUAGUAGGCCCCUCCGCAACACGGCUCCGCCGUCGCUUCUUCACAGGGGGCAAUGCGCCAGACGCCUCGCAGCUACCUGCCCGACUGCUCGCCUUCGUCCGGGGAGUGUUGCCGGAAGGCGCCGCUCCAGGUCACGUGACCGUAUUGCACAACGAACAGUCGUAUGAACUGGGCGCCGCUGCCGUACACCCUAACGACGAAGGAUUGAUGAUGGAGGAAGAGGCACCAGCAGGGACAGGAGAGGAAACCGAAGCAUGUGGCUCGGGUACCGGCGGAGACUUGGGAGUACGAACAUUCAUUCGCGGGCCGGCAGGAGCAAGCGGCAGCGGCUGCGCAACAUCAGCUGCAGCGGUAGCAGGUGCUGCAGGGCCGUCCACGCCAUCACUGCGCUUCCACCACCAGCAUCUCGUACAGCCCCUUGAUCCUCUCAACGAGACGUGGGGCUCCUCGGCCGUUAGCCCCAAGGUUGCUGGCGGGAGCGCAGUGACCCAGACCAGCCCCCGGACCAACCGAUUCACGCACCCCAUCGCUUCGGAGUCCGGUCGCAGGUCACCUCUACCCGCAGCAGCAGCCACAGCAACGGCGGCCAGUGCUAAGGGUCGGGUGGAUGCCCUCUGCAGUGAGGCCCCAGCCGCCGCUGCUGGCCACACCAGCCCCAGCACUCUCCACCAUGGGACCGGCAGCACCCUCAGCCAGGGCCACCUACAGCACCACAGCCAGGCGAACCAUUUAGUCCCUGGGGCAGCCCUUGUUCGCGAUGGCUUCAUGGGCAAUGCCAGAGGUGCCAGUGCAAGCGCAGGCGGCAGGAUGGCAGUUGUCGACCCCAGGUUGCUCCAGUGCGGCACGCACGUUAACGAAGGCUUGUUGUACGAGCAACGGCAGCAGCAACAGCUGCAACCCUCGGCCUCGGCGGAGCCCCCCGUGCGACCCUGCCUCACCAUUCCAGGCCGGGACGCGACUCCUUCCAGCCUGAAUCUGCGAGGCGACGCGAGCAUGUGGCUUAGUGAUGCGCGCGAGCUGGGAGCUUCAUCGUGCGGUGCUGGCGUCACCUCGUUGCGCCCCAUCGCUGCCGUUACGCCCAUCGACCCACGGGUCUUGGGUGAGGAGCGGCAGGUGUCGAACCGUCAGAUGCAGCAGCAUGAGCAGCAGCACCUUGCCUGCGCGGCUAACGCGGCGACUGCUACAAACAUUUGGGGCGCCGCUGCCCUCACUGCUAACCUCCGCGUCGUUGGCGGCGCUGCUGCCGCCGCCGCCAGCGGCCCGACAGAGGACAGCGGCAUGGCAGCAGCCAUGGUCACUUUCACACAGCACCAAGACAAUCCUGCAUUGGCUGCCGCCACCUCUGCUGGAGCACGGCCAGUACCUCCUGCCGCCGCCCAGGUCAACGGUGGCGGGAUUGACGGCACCGGUGGUGGUGUUGGGGCAUGGGCGCCCGUGCUCCCCCUGUCGCAGCAGCCGGUAACUGCACCUGGGGGCGCCACGGUUGGGCGGCUCCAGCAACGCGAGCCAGCCAAUGACCCAGCCACUCUUCAGCCCCAUCCGCAGCCCGGCUUCAGCCCUACCUCGCGCGCUGCCAGCAGCAUUAGGGCUCGGAUGGGUCGCCUGCACCUGACCGGCGGCAGCAACCACAGCAGUAACCUGUCCUGGGGCGUUGAUGCUCUUGAGGCGUUGACGCGGCCGCCCAUGCCGCCGCCGCAGUUCACCGCAGCGGGGUCCAGGCCGGCGGCAUCGCUGGCGUCGCCGCUGGCUGCUAGGGAACCCUGGUGGCCAAAGGCUGUGGAACUGCUCAGCCCGGCGGUGGUCAUUUGGCCCGCGCCAACAGCCGCUAACAGUGGCGGUGGCUUGGCUCCGGAGUCAACAGCAGCCGCGGGAGCCGGCAGCGUCACGGUUGGCGGCGAUAUCGGCGGCGGUAACGACGGUGUUUCAUUGCUAAUGCGCUGUCCGGAUCUUAUCGUACGCACGAACGUGCAGAGGAGCCUCGGCUUUGAGGUCGGCAGCGGGCGUUCGUACGGCGCUGAAGGCGGCGGAGGCGGCGACAUUGACAAGGCUUUGGGACCCGGUGCUGAAAGGGGGAGUUCAGCGGCAAUGUACAGCGGCCAUAUCUCCCAGUUGGUUGCAUGGUGCCGUACAGGCACCAUCCCUGUCGUACAGUUGGACGAUAGCCUGGAAAAGUGCACCCGCGCAAGGCUGUUGAUGCCGCCGCCGUCAGGCGCAGCUGGCAGCCCUACCAGUGGCGGUGACGGCGCAUGUGCGGCUAACGCCUCACCAUCCACCGCCGUCAACUCAUCAACUGGGUCGUUUACCAUCCCCGCAACCCAUUUGGUCUACGUUGCAUGGCGCCGAGGCCGGGCGCUGGGGCCCGCACGUCCGGUGCUGCUGCUGCCGCCUGGAAUGGAAGACAUUGCGUCGGAGCUCGUUGUCUUGUCGCAGCUGCCGUCGCUGGCGACCUCAUACCAGGCGUUCCUGGCGGACGUCGGGCUGUGGCUGGAGGCCGUGCAUGCCGUGACGGCGGCGACGGGGUUUGGGUCUCGCAGUCCUGCCUUGUUUCAACGCCCCUCCCUCCACAACUCGACAUCCACGCAGUCUGCCCGCAAUGCCUCGGUGAUGUCGUUCAGCAGUGCUGGCGCUACUGCCGCCACAAGCGGCUCGUUCGCUGCCGCCGCCGGCGCUGCCGCUGCCGUUGCUGACCUGCCAAUGGGACGGUCUCGCGGCGAUGGUCCCGCAUUCGGAGCAAGACGUGCAGUGUCAGCGCCGCCGCUGCCAGCGCAAACCGCCGCUCCGGCUGGUGCUUGUGGCGAUGCUACUGCAGUCGCACAAGCACCCGUCGAGGCCUUUGCCAGCCCCUUUCUCACCAACGCUAGCCCGGCAACGCAGGCGCAGCACACUGGCGGUCCCUCUAGCGCCAUACAGUCGCCUUCGCCCAGCCCAAGUGCGGUUUGCCCAACGGCUGUGUCGUGUCGAAACAUCUUGAACACGAGCGCUGGUGCUAGCACCUGUAGCUCGGACAGUGGCGAGCGACUCGUACGCGUGGCGGAGGACGUACUGAAUCUGGGCUGUGACCUUCUAGCUUACAGCGUCGCAUGUGGCGCCGUGGCGACUGCGCGGCUGCUGCUGAAUAUGCUUAUCAUCCAUGGGCCAUGCAUUCAGAGUCUGCCCAUGCUUGCAGCAAGCUCCGGCGCAUCUGUUGCCUCGGGUUCCACCGCUUCCGCUUUCAUUGCCGUUACCAACAGCACCACACACGCGGUUGGGGCUGCUGCUGCUGGCAUGUUCGCGUCACCGGAGCGCACAGCAACGCCCAGGCUGCCUGACGUCGACAGCGGCAGUCCGCUGCCGAUGCUGCAGCAACACCAACGGCAGCGUCGUACAAUGCGUGCCAUACUAGAAUCCUGCCGUACAGGUAACGACGCAGGCCAUACCCUGCUACACCUGGCGAUCAUGUCUCGGUCGCUGCCCAUGCUGCAGCUCCUCGUCGUGGAGUGGCCGCAGCAGCUGGGUCUGCCCUUGUCAGAUCUGAACCGCCUGGAUUGUUCAGGUCGUGCGCCCGCGGACUACCUGCCUGCCGAAGGUGCUGGUGAGGACGGCAACAGCGGCAGCUUUGCCGCGAUUGCGGCGGUGCUCCUGCGCGGCUUGGGGCCGCCCUCCACGGCGCCGGCGGAGCCACUGUCACCGUCAUUACGGAGUCUUUGGGGGCUGCAGGUCUCCCGCGACGCUGGCAGCGGAUGCGUUGACGUGCCCUGGCGGGCGGCGGCGACGGCGGGACUCGGGACCUCCACUUCUGCCGCUGGGACGUCGCCGCCCGGGCGGCCGUCGCCAGGGGCUGCGGCGGCGUCUUCUGUGAGCUCCGAAGGCGUUGCCGGACCUGGUGGGUACGGAGGCUUACACAACCCGGACGGUGGUGGCGGCGGCAGCAGGGGCGCUGUCCCUGUUGACUUGGCGGCGGAGACGACAUCACCCUCGCUGCGGCUGCUGCAAGCGCUAUCGCACGGCCGCGCUGGCAAUCCGUCACACGCCGGCGGCUAUAGCGGUGGCGGCGGAGGGGCCUUGGUGUUUGAAGCUGCCGCAAACGCUCCGGGCGUGAUCCUUCCCGGGAAUGGGAGUACGGUUUCGGUGGGCGCUGUUACGGUGGCUGGGGAGAUAGGGUUGGAGAGGCCGGGGUUCCCGGCCAUCCUGGCAUCGGGCGAUGCCGAGGGCCAGGGAUUGUCAGCGGAGACGGCCGACAACACUGCCGUCGUACUUCCGUCUCCGUUGACCACCGCUCGCUUGUCUGGGCCCCUGACGGCGGCGCCGUCUACGACGACGGCGUUAUCUUCCCCUUGUACGGAAAUGCCGGCGGCGGUGGCUGCCCCGCAAGUAGACGACCGUGAGCGGUGGCUGCAGCGGCGGCCAUUGUGGGCUGCUCUCAUGCUGCUGCUGGGAUCAAUGCAGGCGCUGGUCGUCAUGCUGUCUGCCAUGCCUCGCGCACGCGCCCUGCCACCCACCGCGUCCCUCCUGGCCCUGCCCGGAGCCCUUCUCUGGCUGCCCUCCAUUGCGCUGCUGCUGGCGGCGGCGACGGCGGCGGCAGUGGGGCUGCUGCUGCCCUCACGAUGCCGGGGUGCGGCGCCAUGGUUGCCCGCCGCCAUCACUUCCGCCGGGCGCGCCGUCGCAUGUAUAUUGACGCUGGCGGCGGAGACGCAGCUGCCGUACAGGCUUGCGGCGAGCGCCGCCGUUGGGGCGACGCGGUCGGAGCUGGAGCCGGUAGGCUUGACGGCGGCCGCUCUGAUGCGACGUACUGGCGGGCGUUACGCAUUUGGGGUUCAGGCUGCGUUGUGGAUGCUGCUGAUGACGCUGGCUCCGAUAGCGGUGGAGAUGGUUCAACCCACCGUUCGUACGGCUCUUCUUCUUUCCGAGUACGGCAUGCCGCUUCUGUACGUCUUGGCAUACACCGAAAGUACGGCAACUGUCCUGACAUGGCUUCCGUACGCCGCCUUUAACGUCGUGAGCGGUGGCGCUUUCGUGCUGCUUCUUCAGACCCACGGGUCACGUCUCGCAUCCGACAUCUAUAACGCUAGCACCUCCGCUACCACGGAUUCUGCUACCACUGCCACUGCUACUGUUACCGGUGCUACUGCCAUUUCCCCAUUCGCCGACUGGGAGCAUAGUGGUACUUCUAGGGCAAGCGGUACACGGUUGGGAGGAGCGAUGGCAAUGGCAAUGGCAGCAGCUGCAGCGCCCUCGGUUGGAAGCAGCCAUGCAACCGCGACUGAGUCGCUGUCUGGAGGUGUAGCAGCAACGACCGCCCCGAUGCACACCACCCAUCCAGUGGAUACCAGGGUCGCUUCAUCAACUUUAACCCAUUCCCAGCCGGCGCAGCAGCGACUGCAGCAGCAGCAGCAACAACAACAAGAAGGACAAUGCAACCAACCGGGUCAAGUGGCUUCAUUGCCGGGGUCCGUGCGUCAAGGCAUGUUCCGCAUGUUUGGUGUUCCACUGAGCGAGGGAGCGGCGACACAGACCACAAGGGCUGCGGCGGAGUAGGCAAAAGCAGAGCAGGGGCGGCGCUGCGUCAGAGGACUGGAGAGGGGUACUGCUGUAGGGAUGGGGGAUGGGAGGAGCUUAGUGGACUUCCUAUACGCACUUUGGCUGCAUUUGUGUGGUGCGGUUGGGGAGGGAUGCGUGAGCUUGGCUGGUUUCGGUUGAACAUUCUACUGCUUUUGCUCUGCUGUUCUGAGAGGUGAAGAGCCAAAGGAACGUUAGGAGAGAUGGUGCUUGCUCGGGACACUGCACGGCUUUAGUGCAGCAUUGGCUAGCGUGCAUGUGCUGUUGGGUCGUGACAUUGGACAUGCACUGGAUGGAAUUGUUGUAGUGAAAUAGGCGUGUGCCGGCCGGGUUUUCCCUUUGUUGCUGCCCUCAGGUAGAGCUCGACGUCACCGUGUUUUGCCAUUGCCGUAAUUCGUUGGUGCAGAAUGCCGAGAGGGGCAUUGUUCGAAGGGCACGACGCAUGGAUCUACUCGCUGGCAUGAGUACGAGUGCAAGCUGUCUUCCGUUUGUUGAGGCUCAAUGACACGACAUGUGCUGUCCUUGCGCUUGACACUGUGUGAGAGGGUGCGGUGGGGUGAGAGAGGCAUGUGAGGGUUGCUUGGCUAUUGUUGAAUUCACGUUUAAUGACUUGAUUCCUGGCUUGGGGUAUGUAGUGCUAGGAAAGCGUUUGGCGUCAAAUGUUUCUCUAAUGGACAGGACUCCGUCAGGGUGCAAAUUAAUUUGGCCAAUUGGUUAAUUGUUUGGCGUGGCGAGUGUUAUUUACUAGAUCAAGUUCCGCGCCUGCAAGGGGGAAUUCCUGCUUGGUUGGCUGUGAAGGCUAGCGUAGUUUUUUGGGGAGGGACAAUGGAGCGCUAAGAGCAGUAGCCGUAGACGGGCCGACGGAUCUUACUUCAUACGGCAAUAAUUGCCGCUUGAAGGGGGGGAAGGGAUAUAAUUGCAUGCUUGGAAGGUCGGUGCUGAUAAAGAAACAGAAACAUGUCUGAAACCGAACACUUGGCUUUGGUCAGUGGGGAUGGAGGAAGGAGGGAUGCCGGGCGCAAGUUUGAAACCCUCAUCGACGCGAUCUGGAACUAGCUUGCGAAACUCAGAUUGAGAUUUGUUCGAGUACCGUGUGGAGUCAGCGGCCGAUAAAGGUGUUGUUGCCCCUUUUCGUUAGCUCAACCUGUUCUGGGUCGCCCUCGUUUGUCUUUGGUGCUCGGUGCUUGAGAGGCAUCUAGAUCCCGAAGGGAGAUUCGUGCUUUGGUUAGUUGCGAUGUGAACCUAUUUUUAGGUCCUGUGGAUGAGCGCAGCGACAGACAGCGGUCGCGUGUAUGGUGAUGUGGACCGCUGUUGCUGCACAACUGUAGCGGUGUGUUAAAGCAGUUGUUUGCCGCGUAGCUGUUUGCCUUUUGCAGCCCUCGUCUGUUAGACGCUUUUUACUUUUGGCCAUUUCACUGUUGGAAGUGAAACAUUUCUUGUGUUGAAGCAGGGGGCAGGACGCACAACAGUUAGGGCCCCGCACGGGUCAGGUGUCUCGGUAGCGUACAUGAGAGCAAUGUCGGAGGCGGUAACGUGCGGUGGUUCCCCAAUGCGCGUGUGUGUGUUUCGACGGUGUUGUUGUGUGGUGUGGUGCGGAAAGCGUAUGGAAAAUAUCUGGCGUUGCGUUCCUGUGAACACGAGUGAGCUUAGUAAUUCGCUACUUGCAUGCAUGCAUGUAUGCAAGGAGGUGCACGUGUGGAUGUUGGAACGGUCCCUCGCGUCGGCUUCUCGGUGCAAUGGGUCCAUCCCUUGGCGGUUCAACGUCUCUCUGCAUGCAGCUGGACAUGCACUUCCCCUUUGAGUCUCAUGCUGCAGGAGGGAGAGGUUAGAGGUUGUGGCUGUGUGGAAGGGCUGGGAUUCAUGACACCGUUGUUGUGGAAGAGGGGCUAGAGAGCGAGCAAGAACUCGUUGACCGUUAGCGGCCAGGAUUAUUACUGGUACCUCCACCGGGAUUUAUUUAUGCAUGUGUUCACUGCUGGGGCAUGUGGCUUGGAGGGGUGUGCAAUGGAAGCGGUAUGGCGGGUUCCAGGCAGGUUCCAACCAUGUAGGAGGUGCUGGUGGUGGUGUAAGCACGGUAUAGGGAGGGCAAAGUGAGUGGGUGUGCAUGGGGUUAAGACUGAUGGGGGGUGCAAGGAAGGCUGUACGACUAUUA